GUACAGCAGUCAUCACUUCGCUAUCUUCUCGUCAUUAUUUUGCUUCGAAGGUAUUUCUUGGGUCGAGUGAACAGGUCUAUCUAUUCGUAUAUUGUAUUUUGAAUGGCAGAUGUUAUAUAAUAAUAUGAUAAACUUAUAGUUUGUCUCGUCCUUUUAGCGAUCUAAGUAUCUACCACUGUAAUUCCUCCAACAUAAUUUUCGUACCGAACUUUCACAUAUAUUUUUCAGGAUGAUAUGUAAACGUUGUCAGCGGUCACUUAGAUCUGGCGAAGGUCUCAAAUGUGGAAUAUGUGAGUCUUGUUUCCACAUGAGAUGCGUCAAUGAGUCUGUGAAGGACCACCGUGAUGGCGGAGACAGAGGUUAUCAAUGGAAGUGUUCUCUCUGUCAGAACUACGUCAGCACCCAUGCGAGUGGCUCAGACAUGAGUAAAGAGAAGGAGAAGGACAACAGUAGCUUAAUGGCAGCCGUUGCUGCCAUAAGUGAAAAGUUUGAACUCGUAAAUAAAAUUCAAUUGCCAAAAUUAAACAGCGAUUUGGCACAAAUAAAAAGUGUAGCAGAACGCAUUGUCCAACAAAAUGAUGAUAUAUUGCGAAAAAUAGAUGAAAUCGAAGAGAAAAGAAAGAAUGACAAGCAUUCACAUCAUUCAACGAGUAGAUAUCGAAGAAGGAAUUUAAGCUUAGCUCCUAAAUCAACUAACGCGAUUGAAAAUAAGGAAGAACCGCCUCUUUCGCUAACAGAAAAAAAUGUGAGAUAUAGGACUCGUCGGCGGUCGUAUCUCUUGCACAGAAUAUUUAACAUAUUAAAUAGAAAAAUGAACAGAACCCAGCCUCCUCCUAAAAAAUAACAG